AUGGAGCGCGCAAAAUGGCUGGAUGGGCUGCGCGGCGUCGCUGCCGCCAUCGUCGCCUUCGACCAUCUCGUCGAGGGCGACGUUGUCCAUCCAUUCCACUCGUACUGGGCGUAUCCCCCAGCCAAGAACCACUACUGGCUGCAGCUACCGCCCUUUCGCAUCCUGUUCAGCGUAAACGCCAUGGCUGCGCUGUUCUUCGUCCUAUCCGGCUAUGCCAUUGCGCUCAAUCUGUUGCGCGCGCGCAACAACAGCCAGCGCCGCCACCACCACCAGAGACAGCCCAGCACCACUGAAGAGCAGGGCUUCUUCGCCCGUCUCUCCACCGCCGCUGCCCGCCGUGUGCUGCGCCUGUUUCUGCCCGUGCUCAUCGUCGCCGUCGUGUCGCAGUUCCUGUACUUUGUCAACCUGUACCGCUGGCAGUUCGACGCCGCCGUGACCACCGAGCGAGGCAUUGCGCCGUGGACCGCCCCCUGGCGGCAUAUCUGCUAUCUGUUCAGCUAUCUCGCUGAUGUGAUCAAUCCGCUGUCCUCGCUGGAGAAGAACCUCGACACCCGCGGCCUCAAUGCCCAACUCUGGGCCAUCCCCGCCACCUUGCGCGGCUCCGGUCUGGUCUAUCUGCUGAUCGUGGCCACCGCCGCCUGGCGCCCCCGUCCUCGUCUGGUCGUGCUCGCCGCUCUGUCCGUCUUCUUCCUGGCCAUUGGCAUGUGGGACAUCUUCACCUUCAUCGCCGGCUUGGGCUUGGCCGAGUUCAAGGUUGCCGAAGAAGCCGGAGGGCUUGACGUGGACAAUGAAAAGAGCCCGUCACUCCUCCCAUCCUCAUCUCCCUCGUCCUCGCCGUCCUUGCCGUCCUCACAUCCUACCCCUAAUAUCCCCAGCCAAAAAUACGUCCAACCCUUGCGCAUCAUAAAUCUCUUCUUUUUCGUGGCUGGCUUCUACCUGCUCUGUCUCCCGGACGACCAUUUCAUCCCAGGCGGCUACCGCUUCCUCAUCCCCCUCCAGCCCUCAUCCUGGUCCGCGACUCGCGAGUCCGGGUUCGUUGCGCAGUAUAGUUGGAAAUCUAUUGGCGCCGUACUGACCGUCUUUUCGAUCAGCAACUCGCCUGCCUUGCAACACAUCCUUAGCAGUUCGGGCGUCCUACAGCAUCUCGGCAAGAUUUCCUUUUCGUUGUAUCUGGUACAUCAGUCUGUGUAUCAGCUGCUCCGCGAGCCCAUCAAGCGCCAUAUCUGGAAGACUCUGGCCGACUACCAGUAUCCCGGCGGCCAUCUGGCAGAACGACUACCGUUCGCAUGGGCCGUCACCUGGAUCGGCACAUUUUUGCUGCUUGGCCCCAUUGUUGUAUAUAUUGCCGAUGAGUUUGCCAGAUAUGUCGAGACCAAGUGUGUGACCGCGACCAAGGAACUUGAGAGGUGGUUGUCGAGGAAGUAG